AUGACGGAUCUCUUCGGUACCCCAGAGAUCAACACGAGUAACUUUUCCCUCUCGUCACUUGACUUCUCUCUAACUAUAGAAUACAGGAUUUACACCAACAUUGUCUGGUUCUUCCUUCGAAAGAAUCUGAAAGAUAGUGGGAAGAGGUUACGCUCAACACGUUCACGAACUACGGCUGCAGCUAACGGCCGACGAUCGAGGAAUCCCAGCAACGUUCUUGGCAGCGAGAGCCCUACACCAUCUCCUCCGGAGCGCGAGAGCCCCGACCAUGCAGCAGCAGUAGACAAUGAAGAUGGUGAUUCUUCCUCAUCUUCAGAGAGUCCUCAGUCGAGCCAACCCCCGAGACAGCACGAAGCCAUUAAUGACAGACGUCCGAUUCCUUACGGCAGGACUUGCAGUCCUGAUGAGUUGGCUGGAUAUGGUAUUGAUGAAUCGGGACAUCUAAUUCCUGACGCGCAGCCCCGACGUGUAAGUCAGAUGCAAGAUUUACAAGAUAAUCUUAGGCAUAUGGGGCCGGAUCCAAGACCAAAUAUGGUGAUCGACCAUAGAGAGCCUGCGAGCAAUCCACCGGCACAUACUACUUCCACGGGCACCCAAACGGGACUUGAGACAGAUGAAUAUCGUGAUAGAGAUCCCAAUGCACCUCCCCCCUCAUCCAUGAACUCAAAUAAUGCCUCUCAGCAGUCUCAGCAAGCGAACCAGAAUGGCAAUCAACCCAGGCCCAUACGGCCACGGAACUCCAUCGAAUCUGGACAAAGGUCGCCCAGCCCACCAUCCGAAGUCCCAAGAUCUCCCUCCCUAGAGCCCAAACCCAACAUUGACCUCAUAUUCAGCUACGAUGUCCUCCCAGGAUUCAAUCUCCGCCUAGCACACGGCGAAGAGAUCUUUCUAUUCCCCCGAGAGCUAGUGUUCCGGCUACUGAAUUGGCAGCAUGACUUUGACUGGCUUCUCGUUUCGCUCGAAGCCCCCGGGGUGCUUUUUCAAGAACGUAUAUUCAGGGAUGAUAAUCACGAGUUUCGAAAGGUCAUGGCGAGGUUUGAGCAGAUAGCUUGUGCUAUGAAACGUGAUUAUGCUGAGAUGGGGCGAAGUGCAGUGAUCGAGGUUGCGUUUGUGCCGGAGUGUAAGGGACAUUCGCGAACUGUGCUGCUGGACGCUUGGCAGAGGCGCUGGGAGAGAUCUCAUGGCAUGGCGCUCUGA